CCUUUCCUUUCCACGCCGUGCACAGGCACAAUCAGCAACAUGGACGACCAGGUCGAAUUCGAUAUUAAUGAGUUACUCAAAUUAUAUCUGAGUGAUUCCACGGCAAUUCCAACUCCAGAAGCGAGCUCCGAGCUGCUCGACUGUGAGAAUGAUCCAGAUAGUCUCAAUUCAGACCUCGUCAACAAUGCGCUGGAUCCGGUAAUAGACGCAAUUGCUGAGAACCCUGAGGCCCUGGGAAGAAGUGUUAUCUUUGAUACUCUGCUCUUUCUGCUAAAGCAAUCCUCUGUCCUUUCUACCCACUCUCUAAGCAAGAUCCUCCAUCUGAUCGUUUCCGGCCUCGCAACUACAGCGGACGUUGCCAACCACGAUAUUGAAAAUGAUGAACAAGAUACCAUUACACAACAUAAACGUCUCCUGGAGAUGUAUGCCUUCCUUCUCCAGUGGGCAAUCUCAGGUGUCGAAGCAAAAGCUCUUGAGAAAUCGAACUUGGCCCCCGCAAGAAGAGGAGGAAAAGGAGCAAGAUCCAAAUCAGCUGCGAAAGAUGAUGUUUGGGAUUCGGCCGGCCAAGUACAAGGCGCAAUGGAUGUCAUGUGUCGGGUCAUGAAGCUGAAAUUGAACCGCAUUUUUCAAACCACCUCUGACCGAGACACGUUCGUUAAUUUAUUCACACGGUCGGUAUACUUGAUCAUGGAGAGCGAGGCCAGGGUCAAGAUAACGCCAGUUCGAAUGUUUUGCUUCAAGGUGCUCUGUGUGGCCGUCAAACACCACGGCCAUGCUCUCGGUGCACAAACAUCAAUCGUGCAGAAUUUGACCUAUUUCGAGCACCUGUCGGAGCCGAUGGCUGAGUUUCUGCACAUUCUGGCAGAACAGUACGAUUAUCAUCAGCUCUCCGCAGAGAUCCUGAGAGAGUUAGCAGGAAAGGAAUUCAGCCAAAAUGACACAAAAGGCCCAAAAUCAGUAUCUACGUUUAUGAUCAAGCUGUCGGAGUUGGAGCCGAGACUAGUCAUUAAAGAGAUGGGUCUUCUCGCCAAAUUCCUCGAUAGCGAAUCCUACACUUUGAGAUGCUCAGUCAUCGAAGUCUGUGGAAAUCUCCUUGCUGAUUUGAGCAAGCAAGAAGAGAAGAGUGAGACGACCAAAAUCCAGAUCAAUGCAUUCUUCGACACACUCGAGCAGCGCUUUUUGGACACGGCUCCAUUUUGUAGAGUCAAAGCAAUCCAAGUCUUCACAAAGAUCUGCGACUUGGAGCAGAAAUUCCCGAAACGGCGGCAACAUGCUGCUGAGCUGGCUAUGCAGAGUUUACAAGACAAGAGCAGCAACGUGCGCCGGAAUGCAAUCAAAUUGCUCAGGAAACUUGUCGCUUCGCAUCCUUUCAGUGUGAUGCACGGUGGUCAGCUCUCCAGGAAGGAUUGGGUCGACCGGCUAGAAGCCGUAGAGUCCCAGCUUGAAGCUCUACAGCCUCCGCCCGAAGAAGUUGGAGUAGCCCAGACGGCCAACGGCGAGGAAAAGGUUGAUAAUGAACUUUUGGAUGAUGCUACGCAACAUGCCGAUGCUCAAGCUGAGGACCCGGACGAAAUGACUGAAGAGGAGAAGAUUGAGGCAGUAAGAAAGGCUCAAGAAGAAGCCGCGACUUCGGAAGUGUUGGGAAAACUUCAGCUGACUCGCAAGUACUACUUGGAGGCGUUGAGGUUUAUUGAUGUGAUCCACGAAGCUUCAGAAUUUGCAGUACAGCUGCUGUCUUCCCCAAACAAAACCGAAGUCAUUGAUGUGAUGGACUUUUUUGUCACUAUCGAUGCGUUCAAGAUUGAGACAGCCCGUCAAGGCAUUCGACGCAUGCUCCGACUAAUCUGGACCAAAGGCAAUAGUGAUGAAGGAAAGGGUAUACAAACUCACCUGAUCGACAAUUACAAGGGUUUGUUCUUCGACGCUCCAGAUAUGUUUACCGCCAACGAUGCCGCCAAUUUUGUCGCUCGAAACAUGAUCAGCUUGACGUUUGGAGCUACUCCAGCAGAAUUGACAUCACUGGAGCAGCUGCUAGCGACGAUGUUCAAAGCUGGACAUAUCUCUGAACUAGUGGUGGCAAAGUUGUGGCAGGUAUAUGGAGUCAACAAGGAAAUCUCUAAAGCUCAGCGACGAGGUGCAAUAAUUGUCCUUGGAAUGAUAGGUUUGGCCAAUCCCGAGGUGGUUAUCAGGGAGAUUGAUACCAUGCUGCGAAUAGGGUUGGGUCAACUGGGCAGACAAGACUUUGUCCUUGCUAAAUUCACCUGCGUUGCAUUGCGACGUAUGAUACCUGUUGCGAAGAAGGCUCAAGAAAAGACAGCAGCAGCAGGUUUGUCUCGGAUGCCCAACAACCAUGAAGUUCUACGGAUGCUCGCUUCAAUUCUCCUGACAACGUCUUCUAGUAAGGAGUGGUACGGAAUGGCUGAACAAGCAAUUUCUGCCAUUUAUAUUCUGUCGGACCACCCUGAUAUCUUAUGUUCUGAAGUACUGAGGCAGAAAACUCGACUUGUAUUUCAACAAACGAAGGACCUGUCUUCGCUUUCGAGAACGCCGAGCCCGGAACUGGCUCAAGAUGCUGAACCAAUGGAUGUUGACGAAGCGGACGAGGAUGCCAACAAGCCCGAAACAGAGGAAGCCGCUGCCUCGAAAGAAGGGCAGGAGAAGCCAUCCCUUGCCCUUUCUCAGCUUUUCUUUACAGUUGGUCAUAUCGCCAUCAAACAAAUUGUUCAUUUAGAAUUGUGCGAGCUUGACUUCAAACGGCGGAAACACGAGCAAGAAAAGAACAAGGCCGUGGCUAGUAAUACGUCAGGAGACAAGUCAGCCGGUCCUACACCUGCUCGACGAAAGAAGACAGCCGCGGAAGAGGUUUUGGAAGAGAAGCAGAAAGAAGAAGAGAAGGACGAACUCGAUAUGAUUGGAGGCACAACUGAGGACGAUUUUACCGAAGCCAUUGCUCACAUUCGAGAACGAGAGCUCCUUUAUGGGCAGAACUCGUUGCUUGCCAAUUUCGGUCCAUUGGUGACGGAGAUUUGUGCAAACAACGCAGCCUACAAAGACCGUGAACUCCAGGCCCAGGCGACUUUAUGUCUGGCCAAGCUCAUGUGCGUCAGCAGUGAGUACUGCGAAAAGAACUUGCCUCUUUUGAUUACGAUUCUCGAACGAUCAACAGAUCCAAUCGUCCGGUCGAACGCCGUGAUCGCCCUCGGCGACAUGGCGGUCUGCUUCAAUCACCUCAUUGACGAAAACACGGACUUUCUGUAUCGAAGACUCAACGAUGGUGACGAAAGCGUCAAGCGGACGUGCUUGAUGACCCUGACGUUUUUGAUUUUGGCUGGACAAGUCAAAGUCAAGGGUCAACUGGGCGAAAUGGCCAAAUGUCUCGAGGACGGAGACAAGAAGAUCGCGGAUCUUGCGCGCAUGUUCUUUACCGAAUUGGCGACCAAGGACAACGCCGUGUAUAAUCAGUUUGUGGACAUGUUUAGUGUUCUCACUCAAGAUGGUCCUUUGGAGGGCGGAGUAAUGGAAGAAGAAGCCGUCAAGAGAAUUCUCAAGUUCUUGUGUGGCUUUAUCGAAAAGGACAAACAUGCAAAGAACCUCGCCGAGAAACUCGCGGCCAGACUUGGUCGGUGCGUCAACAAGAGACAGUGGGACGAUACGGCUUAUGCGUUGUCGUUGUUGCAACAUAAGAACGAGGAGAUUACCAAGAAGCUGGCAGAGGGAUACCGGGUCGUCGAGAGCGAGGCAUGAAUGAGCACACUUGACAGGGAGAGUAAUCUGACGAUUGAAAUCCGUUCUCAUAUGAAGACAUGACUGACCCAUGGGACCGUUUGUGUAUACACCAUUUUUGUUUUUGUUUUGGUGUUGGGCGCGCAUUGGAGUAACAGUAGGGUAGACGUACCGCGUCGUGAGUUGAUAGUACUGGAGUACUUCAAAGUGAAACUGAUCAUGUUCUUUGCUCUUCGAGUGUUGACAGCGGAAUGAGCAUUUG